CAGCAGGCAGUGACCCACGCAGAGGGUGAAACAGCAGCAGCCCAGCGAGAAGAGCCGAUAUAUCACACGUUCUGGAGAUGAGCAUGACGUCUCUCUUGUUUUCCCUUUCCAUCUCCCUACUCCUCUUCUCGUUGGCAAGGGGAUCCCAAGACAAAUGCCUACCAGGCAGGACCCCUAAUCUGCUUCCCGAGGCAGAAGCAAAUUUGCUACAGUGCCAGCAAUACUCAGAAAAAGCUUGUUGCACUCAAGAGCAGAUAAAUGCCCACCCAAUCACAAGCUUCCCAUGGGGUCUUUGCGGGCCACUCAGUUCCAGCUGUGAGAAGUAUGUGAGCCGGGUCCAGUGCAUGUAUCUCUGCUCCCCGCAUAUCUCUGCAUUCUGGAACCAGGACUCUGACACUGGAAUCUAUAACCUGCCUUUAUGCAGCGGAUUCUGCAACCAAUGGUUUGAGGCCUGCAAGGAGGAUUUAAUAUGCACGCUGACCAAUGAGACCAUUCCAAGAUGCGCAGAUGCAUGUGUUCCCUACAAACAGAUGUUUAAGUCUGAAGGCGAAGAUCUGUGCAAUGGCAUCUGGGGCGACUCUCUGGUUGCAUCGUCAGAGAACUGCGCCUGUGUCAAUCCCGUAGGAGAGGGAGACAAUCAGGAGACCUUCCAUGAAAGAACUUCCGGCAGCCACUGUCCCAAAAAGCCACGCAAGUUCAUAUCCAAGCGCCGUGCGAGGAGGGAUACCAGCAGCGAUGCGCUGCCCAUACAGGACGCGGAGGGAAGUGGAAGUGGAUUUUAAGAUGAGAGCUGGCACCUCUCUCUCUAGCUGGGAAGGCUCUAUUUUACUAAUUCCCAGCACAUUCAUGGUUCCCAGUGCCCCUCUUAUACUUAGGCUGCCAUACCACUAGUUUAAGCUUUUCCAACUAGAAUCUCAUUGGGAUUUCCCAGCAAGCACAAGCAAUCCCAGCGCCUAAACACAAGCCAAUGGCCGCCUUAAAGAGAGCCUACAAAAAUCUGUUUUUUUCCCCCUCAAGCAGCUACAGAUCUCUUAUUCCUUUCACCUGCUUCAUUAGUACAACUUAUUCUUUCAACUAAUUUUUUAUAUUCUCUUUAAAAGCCAUGACCACCCAACUCUGGGUUUCAUAAUUUACUCCAAGGUGGAUGAUGAUAACCCCAUGCUAAGUGGGAUGCACAAUGAUUAAAGACUCACUGUAUCUGUACCAUUCAGUGACAAUAAUAAAAAUACGUUUGUUAACCGA